ACAACAACGACGACCACCAUCGAAAACGAGAAUACAUCGAUAUCUUCUCUUACCUUUCAUGAAUAAUCGAUCAAUUAUAUAGCAUUCCACUUACUGCAGGAGGUACCAUUUAGAAGCUGUACUUACGGACUUGGAUUGAGGCGUGGGUCGUGAGAGUGUUGAACACUCGGGAGUGCGCGGACAUCCGAGGUCUCAAUAGGCGCUCACUCUCACUCGAUCGAAAAAAUGGGUGAAUCCGACCAUCCUUCGCAUUUCGAACAUAAUAGAAGGGGGUCUCAAGGGUCGACGCGAUUGUCAAUACAAAUGCAGGACGAAGAUGAAGAUGAUUAUGCUUUGGCAGCCUUGGGAAUUUCAAAUGGUGGUGGUUACAGACCAUCGGACUCAAAUCAAUAUACCUACACUCCGCCAUCACCACGACCUCAACCACCACAGCAAGAACAACCUCAGAGCCAAUUACUACCCUUAGAAAGGAGAAGAGCAUCAACACCACCACCACGACCAUCGAGUACAACAAAACCAAAGGGCAUUGAUUCGUUCGCCUUACGGCAUGAUGGUGGAAUGGGUGAAAUGUCAAGGGGUCCGACGUUCUGGUCCCAAGGGCAAAAUGGUUAUGGUAAUGGUAAUGGAAGUGGAUUGACAAGGUCAUCUACCGUAUCAAGUUUGUCAAGCGUAUCAAGCGAAUCAACAAUGAUGAGACCGGAGAGCCCAUACCGAGGACCUACGGGACCAUCGCAUCCAUAUAAUAUGUAUAAUCAAGAAUCUCGAUUAGCAAGAACAGCGAGUAUAGCAACAACUUCAACGACCCCGGCACCACCACAAGAAAUGUUGUACACAGGUCCAAGUGGACCAACACAUCCUUAUGGCAUGUACCCGCAGAGUACAGUUCCAGGUGAUUCUGAUCAUUUGCCCAUUGCACCUAUUCCGGUUGGUUUCCCUGGCCUUAACAAUGAUUAUCAACGAAGAUUAGGUCCGGAAGGUGAGGAGGCAGCGGAUCUCAUUGGGCCUGAUGGACACACGGAACAACUGCCACCUUAUACCAAAUACCCAGAUGAGGCGUUUGCUAGGAAAUCACGUCCCGCAUCUAUAACUACAUCUGUACCUGUACCUACAAUACAAAUGCCAGCUCCUAUUAUUCCCAUAUCUGGUGCUGGAGGUAUGGGACUAGCGACCCGAAAUCCAGAGUUUGCAUCACAAGAAGAUCUUCACUCAUCUCGUUCGCGCCAAUCAACCAGGAGUGUCAUGUCAGAUCGAAGCUCACAUCACAGCAAUAACGCCGAAAUGGAAUAUUCCGAAAAGCCCCCUUUGAAGAAAUGGCAGAUUGCUGCCAAAAGAAAAUUAUGUGGCAUCGUUCCUUUAUGGGUUGUCGUUUUAAUAGCAUUCGUCUUCAUUCUUUUUGGCAUCGUGCUAGGAACCGUUUUUGCCAUUCUGAGGCCAAGACAUAAUAAUGACACCCCUAACAACCAACCGUCUAAUGAUCAGUCAGUCUUCGUCAACUAACACCUUUGAAAGGUUGCUAACCUUUGAUAUAGAACAAGCCAAACCACAGUAUAUGCUACCAUGACCACCACAUUCGAUGCAACUCCACUCUCUACGGUGCCUGCUUCACUCCCAUCACUUCCAACCGGAACUUACAACAUGCCUCUCACCGUUCCCUCAACUGCUCAAAGUGGUUGCAUCAUGAACACCGCCCAAAACUCGGCCUGGAGUUGCUCUAUCCCAAUGACACCCCUUGAAAUGUCUAUAGUAGAUAUUCCAGGAGGAAGUGCACUCGCCAAUAAGGAAAUUAUGAUGAACUAUGGCAACUCAUCGUUAAACUUCUAUCCAUAUGGCGCUCAACCACCGAUUUUAUCCACUGCUCAAGUGCUCUCUCUCGUCAAUGAUUCACAAUAUCCUAGUCGAGGCCCAGCUUGGUUUUUCCAAAUGUCAUACAACAAGGUAGUUGUGUUACCACAGAAGUCUCUUUCAACAACUAUGAAGCGUGGCCAGUCCGCUGCCGGUUUCAUGAAUCACAAAGGCGUAGCUCAAGCGGGAGAUCAACCUUGGUUUUGUUAUUGGAAUGGAACUAUUUUAGAGGCUUUCAUUUAUGUCAACGAAACUAGCAGCGGAGCAGGUUCUACUACCUCUAGUGGCUCAUCUAGAGGUAAUGGUGGUGGAUAUGGAACGAACAUACAUUCAUCGGACGUACCUUCUUCGACUACCCAAGCUCAAUCACAAAGUUCUUCUUCAUCUUCAUCUGGAUCUUCACAAAAUAAUCCCCAAUUCUUGCCGCAGUACCCAAAAGUCUAUAAAGUCGCCGAACGUCGUGUCCCUAGAGGUGGUCAAACUGUUCCAGCCUACUGUGUAGCUCAUCAAAUUUUAUGGGACGGUAAUGCUGCACCUUUAAUGAACUCAACUGGUCAGCCAAUUACUAUAUAUUUGAACGAGACGCAACCUACAACUUUAUCGCCUCUACAAUCACGUAGUCUUGUCCCGGAUCUCCUUGAACGAGAUGUAGUACAGCGAGAUGGUGAUGAGAGUUGUGGAUGUGUAUGGCUCGAAUCUUGAAACUUGAUUUAGCUUGAAUUUUUCACUUUGAAUCAUCUUGAAAUAAUGGGCGUACUUGGAGAUUUUUGGGUAUUUGGGAGUUUCAAAUGGGAAAGGAGAUCUGUUAUAUAUUGGACCUGAUUAAUAUCAUGGCGUUUUAGAGGUGGAUGUGCAUAGCAAGCCUACUUGACUUUUUGGUCUUUUUAUGGAGCAACGGAAUUGGGUCUAGGGAUCGGCGUUGGUCUUGGGUUUUGUUAGACAUUAUAUGUUGUGGCUAGUUUAUUUUUUACCUUCCUUUUUGGAAUGGAGUGUUUAAAAAGGAGGAAGGUAUCUGUAUGAAUGAAGGAUAGUCGUCGGAAAUUUUAUGAGGAGAGAAAUGGAUGGAUGGAUGGAUGAAUACGAAGGU